UCAUCAUCAUCAUCAUCAUCAUAGCAACCCGGCCGCCAUGUUGACUCACUCUGGGACACACUCGGCUCGGCUCGGCGGCGUCACGGAGCUUCUUGACCGGUAACUGUCACCGAGGAGGACGCGGCGGUGGUGGAUGUUUUUCAGCCCGGGACGGCGGACACGCGAGCAGGCAUCCUCACCUUCUUCUUCUUCUUCUUCUCGUUGUUGUUGUUGUCGGCGCUGGCGGGAAGGCCCGCAGACUUCUUUCUCUUCUCCAAGCAGCAAGGCAGAGGGAGGAUGAAGAUGCCCAAGCCGACGAACGUCCGCGUUACCACCAUGGAUGCUGAGCUGGAGUUUGCCAUCCAGCCCAACACCACAGGCAAGCAGCUCUUUGACCAGGUGGUGAAGACGGUGGGCCUGAGGGAGGUGUGGUUCUUCGGCCUGCAGUACACCGACAGCAAAGGCUACGUGACGUGGCUGAAGCUCAACAAGAAGGUGACGCAGCAGGACGUGAAGAAGGAGAACCCUCUGCAGUUCAAGUUCAGGGCCAAGUUCUUUCCGGAGGACGUGUCCGAGGAACUCAUCCAGGAGGUCACGCAGAGGCUCUUCUUCCUGCAGGUGAAGGAGGCCAUACUGAACGACGAGAACUACUGCCCCCCUGAGAGCGCCGUGCUCCUGGCCUCCUACGCCGUGCAGUCCAAGUACGGAGACCACAGCAAAGAGCUCCACAAGCUGGGCUACCUGGCUGCGGACCGCCUGUUGCCGCAAAGAGUUCUAGAACAACACAAGCUGACAAAAGAGCAGUGGGAGGACAGAAUACAGACCUGGCAUGAGGAACACCACAGCAUGCUCAGGGAAGACGCGGUCAUGGAGUACCUGAAGAUCGCUCAGGACUUGGAGAUGUACGGCGUCAACUACUUUGAGAUCAAGAACAAGAAGGGCACGGAGCUGUGGUUGGGUGUGGACGCCCUGGGUCUCAACAUCUACGAGCACGAAGACAAGCUGUCGCCAAAGAUCGGCUUCCCGUGGAGCGAGAUCCGCAACAUCUCCUUCAACGACAAGAAGUUUGUCAUCAAGCCCAUCGACAAGAAGUCUCCCGACUUUGUGUUCUACGCGCCUCGCCUGCGCAUCAACAAGCGCAUCCUGGCACUGUGCAUGGGCAACCACGAGCUGUACAUGAGGAGGAGGAAGCCCGACACCAUCGAGGUCCAGCAGAUGAAAGCUCAGGCCAGAGAGGAGAAACAUCACAAGCAGAUGGAGAGAGCUCAGCUGGAGAAAGAGAAGAAGAAGCGCGAGCAGGCCGAGAAGGAGAAGCAGCGGAUGGAGCGCGAGAAGGACGAGCUGCUGGAGCGACUGCGGCGCAUCGAGGAGCAGACGAGGCGGGCGCAGACAGAACUGGAGGAGCAGACCCGCAAGGCCCUGGAACUGGAGCAGGAGAGGCAGCGGGCCAAGGAGGAGGCCCAGCGUCUGGAGAAGGAGAGGCUGGAGGCGGAGGAGGCCAAGGCGGCGCUCGCCAGGCAGGCCGAGGACCAGAUGAAGACCCAGGAACAGCUGGCUGCUGAGUUGGCAGAAUUCAGCGCCAGGAUCUCCUUGCUGGAGGACGCCAAGAGGAAGAAGGAGGAGGACGCCGCCCAGUGGCAGCACAAGGCCAUGGCGGCGCAGGACGACCUGGAGAAGACGCGCGAGGAGCUGAGGGCGGCCAUGGCGUCCCCCGAGCAGGACGAGAGUGACGGCGAGGAGAGCGCCGAGCUGCUGAGUGAGGGCGUGAGCGACCAUCGCAGCGAGGAGGAGCGCGUCACCGAGGCGCAGAAGAACGAGCGCGUCAAGAAGCAGCUGCAGGCGCUGAGCUCGGAGCUGGCGGAGGCGCGCGACGACAGCAAGAAGACGCCAAACGACGUCCUGCACGCCGAGAACGUGCGGGCGGGCCGAGACAAGUACAAGACGCUGCGGCAGAUCCGGCAGGGCAACACCAAGCAACGCGUCGACGAGUUCGAGUCCAUGUGAGGCUCCGCCCACGCGAAGAGAACUCUUUGCCAAAGACCUGCCAAGCUCCGCCCCCUUUACUAAAGCCAGGAGAGGACUGAAAGUGACUCAGACUACAAUAUCGCCGGCUAACUUCUUGUCAAAUGUUCCCUUUAGUUGACCUCCUGAUCAUGUGACCAGUAAACGCCCGCUAACCCGCCGCCUCAAUCACGCCCGCAGGUACCGCCUCCGUCGCCGUCGCCUGUUAGCAUCAAUGCUAAUGUUAGCUUAGCCCAAGGGUCAGCAACCUUUUUCAAAGCAAGAACUACUGAUUCUUGCUAAGGGCUCCCAGUUUGAUACACACUUCAAUAAAGUGCCAGAAAUAGCCAAUUUGCUCAAUUUACCUUUAAGUCUGUUAUUAUUAAUAAUUAAGGAUAUUUAUCUUUGUGGAAACACUGAUCAUCUUAAUGAUUUCUCACAAUAAAUAUAUAUAGAACAGAUAAAUAUUUUUAAAAAAUGGGUGUUUCUGUCCGUCAUUCCAUCGUACAUUUUUAUUUCUUCUAUGGAAGGUUUUUUGUAGAGAAUAAAUGAUGAAAAAAAACACUUAAUUGAACGGUUUAAAAGAGGAGAAAACACGAAAAAAAUUUAAAUUCGAUUUUUAAACAUAGUUUAUCUUUGUCGUAAUGGUUUGUGCAGCCCUUUGAGACAUUUGUGAUUUAGGGCUAUAUAAAUAAACAUUGAUUGAUUGAUCUUCAAUUUCCACUCUUUAAAAUUCAAAAUUCAACCAAAAAAAAGAAAAGAAAAACUAGCUAAUUUGAAUCUUUUUGAAAAAAUUCAUAACAGAAUUUAUGGAACAUUAUUAGUAUUUUUUUCUGAUUAAGAUUAAUUUUAAAAUUUUGUUGACAUGUUUUAAAUAAGUUAAAAUCCAAUCUGCACUUUGUUAGAAUAUAUAACAAAUUGGACCAAGUUAUAUUUCUAACAAAGACAAAUCAUUAUUUCUUCUAGAUUUUCCAGAACAAAAAUUUUAAAAGAAAUUCAAAAGACUUUGAAAUAGAUUUAAAUUUGAUUCUACAGAUUUUCGAGAUUUGACAGAAUAAUUUUUUUUAAAUUUUGACGAAAUAUUUUACAAAUAUUCUUCUUCGAAAAAACAGAAGCUAAAAUGAAGAAUUAAAUUAAAAUGUAUUUAUUAUUCUCUACAAUAAAAAAAAUAAACUUGAACAUUGAUUUAAAUUGUCAGGAAAGAAGAGGAAGGAAUUUAAAAGGUAAAAAGGUAAAUGUGUUUAAAAAUCCUGAAAACAUUUUUAAGGUUGUAUUUUUUCUCUAAAAUUGUCUUUCUGAAAGUUAUAAGAAGGAAAGUAAAACAAAUAAAUGAAUUUAUUUAAACAAGUGAAGACCAAGUCUUUCAAAUAUUUUCUUGGGUUUUCAAAUUCUAUUUGAGUUUUGUCUCUCUUAGAAUUAAAAAUGUUGACCAGCUUGCUAGUAAAUAAAUACAAUUUAAAAACUAGAGGCAGCUCACUGGUAAGUGCUGCUAUUUGAGCUAUUUUUAGAACAGGCCAGCGGGCGACUCAUCUGGUCCUUACGGGCACCAGGCUGGUGACCCCUGACUUAGUCUGUCGCCGCUGUAUCUACAUUUUCUACCGCUUGUCCCCGCGAACCAAAAAGGGGACAAGCGGUAGAAAAUGGGUGGAUGGAUCAUUGAUUUUCCCUAAAUAUUAAAUGUAUUCACAUUGUCUUCAUGUCAUAUCAUGUUGCCACAUCUGCUUUCACAAUCUACAAGGUGUGUGCACAGUAAGUGAACGGCCACAUACAGUUGAUAGAUAACGGUGAAAGCCAAUCAGAUCACACGUUGUUGUCAGUAAGACUUUCUAGCUGGCCUCACCUUCAAGGUGACAUCUUUCUGUCAUCAGAAACUCAGCGGGACCGUUAGCGGAUGAAUAUGAGAACACAUACAGUUGAUAGACCGAUGCCUCAGCCAAUCAGAUCACACGUUGUUGUCGGUAGCCUAUCUAGGCAGCCUGAUGCUAACCAGACUGGGAUUGGACAAAGUGAGUAUCCAAUCACAGGUUGCCAUUUACUGAAGCAGGAAGUGUGGCAGAGAAAGCACUUUUUUGAACCCACAGAGA